GAUAUACGCAAGCGCUACGAUGCCCAUAAAAUCGAAACCUAUCCCCUCUGCUGGUUACGUGUAUCCAGUCACGUUCGAGCAUUCGACCAUGGAUAACUGGUAUCAGACAGAAAAGGCGGAGCAAGGUUUCAAGUAUGCUACGAGCCUUGUGAAACCAAUUUUAACGUUCCUCGGCGUUUGGCCUCUCCCACUUGACUCGCACCUGUCCUCAAAAAUCAUACAAAAAAUCGUCCAAUUCGUCACAUACUUCUUAUUCUUGUUCUGGCUGGUACCAUAUUUCCUAUACGUAGUUCUAAAAGAGAAUAACCCAAAGGUAAGAAUGAAAAUGAUCGGAUCGCUAAUUAUGUGCAUCAUGCAGCUAAUCAAAUACACGAUUGUGUUACUUCGGAUGAAAGAGGUCCGGCAGAGUUUGAAUACGGUGAAACGGGAUUGGUAUACCGCGACGGAGAAUAAUCGGCUAAUUUUCCUCAAGACAGCGAAAGAAGGAAAGAGAAUAGUGAUGAUCGUCGCGGUUACCAUAUACGGCGGUGGAUUAAGUUAUCGGCUUGUACCCAUAAUCAGAGGGUCAAUAACGCUAGCUGAUAACACCACUAUAAGACUCUUACCUUUGCCCUCGUACUACGUAAUUUUUGACGCUCAGCAAUCUCCAAUUUACGAGAUAAUCUGCGUCAUGCAAUUCUUGGGCGGGUUUGUAUUGUACUCGACCACCACAGGGACCACCGGGAUCUCGGUCUUGUUGACUCUUCACGCUUGCUGCCUGCUUAGAAUCCUGGCCAACAAGAUGAAUCAACUCAGCGAGAACGAGAAUAUGCCUGAACAUGAAGUGCAGCAAAGGAUCGUGGAUAUCGUGGAUUAUCAAUGGAACAUAAAACGAUUUUUAAACGAUGUUCAAAGAGUAUUGGAAUAUAUUUGUCUGAUCGAAAUGGUAGGGGGCACGAUUUUAAUAUGCCUCGGCGUAUAUUACAUCCUCGUGGACCUGGCGGAUCAUAAUACUGCAUCCAUGAUAAUCUUUUUCACUCUGGGUUUAUGUUGUGCGUUUUGUAUUUUCAUACUCUGUUACGUCGGUCAACUUCUUCUCAAUGAAAGUCAGAUUGUGAGUCGAACAUCUUGUACGUUGGACUGGUACCGAUUAUCGGUGAAACACGCUCGCUCACUAAUAUUGGUGAUUGUCAUGUCCAAUUAUCCGAUGAGACUCACGGCUGGAAAGAUGACGGAGAUGUCCCUGGCUACUUUCACGGAUAUCUGCAAAUUGUCAAUGGGAUACCUGAACGUACUGCGCGAGACUAUAACAAAUGAUAAACUAUGAUAACAUCUGUCGAGGAUAGUCCGUGACGUUACCCGUUACUAUAUUCGCCAAUUUGCUUUGAGUAGCGCAGUUCUCAUUACUAUUUUAUCAAAGAAGCACUUUUUUAUUUAUUCAAGCAAU